AAUUGGAGGCAUUGCCAGGAGAGGAGAGGCACGGGAACCCACGCCGGCUUGCUUCUUCUCGGUUACCCAAACAGUCGCCCGGGCCAGACAAGGCAUUGGAUUCGGGGCAGCAAUAUACUACUACUCCAGUACUCCUCCUUGAUUGUGCCCUGCCCCAAUUCUGAAACUGGCAGGCAGCAGCUGAGCUGCUGGAACUGCUGCUCUGGAGCUCCAGCCUGAGGCCAGAGCCGCCGGCGCAGGAAGCGCGCGGUCACCUCCCCCUUCCGCUCGAGCUGGUCGCCCUCCCGCUCGUUCUUGGAUCGCUCGUUCCUGAGGAGGAGAGGCGAUUGUCAAGAUCUUGCUCGCCUGGCCGCGCUCCGGGGAAGCCAGAUGCGGAAUUGACCUCCGGGGAUGGAGGAAUCGAGGCCGAGGAGGGCGCAGCCGGCGCCGGCGAGGAUCCGGCCCGUGCCGAUCGCCGUCACGCCGGAGGGCUUCUGGUGUUGCCCCUCGCCGGCCGCGCUGCACAAGAGCCUCAAGAACCCGCAUCACCACCACGGCCACGCCGGCGGCAACAGCCACAGCCAUAGCCACAGCAAGCAGCAGCGCAAGAUCCCGUCGGCGCCCCCGUCCGUGGCGCCCUCCGUGCAGAACGCGCCGUCCGUGACCGGCGAGCCAGGGCGCCGGGAAGCUCCUGACGAGCAGAACGCGGCGGCGGCCGAGACUGCAGCGGAUAAGCGGCAGGAGCAGGCCGGCGACGCCGAGGCUCAGCAGCACAAGAUCUGCGUUGGGUUCGGGCAGCCUGAGACGAGCGACCUGACGGUGAUGCUGUAUGGCAAGGAAGGGAUUGCUGUCAGGAUGAGUGUGCAUAGGGAUGUUCUCUGCGGAAGCAGCGCUUUCUUCACCGAGAAACUCUCCGACGGCCAUGUUGGCUCUCCGGUGCCAUGCGUGGAGAUCCAUGAUUGCGACGAUGCAGAGAUCUAUGUGGAGACCGUCGGGCUGAUGUACUGCGACGAGGCGAAACACAAGCUGCUCAAGCAGAAUGUGUCGCGUGUGCUUCGUAUCAUGAAGGUCGCUGAAUUACUCGGUUUCCAUGCUUGUGUCAAGUCAUGCUUGGAUUAUUUGGAAGCAGUUCCUUGGGUCGGUGAGGAAGAAGAUAGCGUUGUGUCAUCGAUACGACAUCUUCAGAGCAAGUCUUAUGGAGUUAGCCCUUUGCUGAAAAGAGUUACGUCUGACACCCCGUACUCACCAACCGAUACUUUAUCUCAUAUUAUGGAGAUGGUCUUGAAGAGCAAUGAUGACAGGGGGCGUCGGGAAAUGAAGGCCUUAGUUCUGAAUCUUCUCAAGGAUAGCAGCCGUUGCACGGAUGGAACAUCAGACAUCUGUUCUGAAUUAUUUUACGGUUCGUGUCGAGGUUGCUUAGAAAGGCUUCAGCCACUCUUUGUGGAAGCAUCUGAAGCCGGUUUUCCUUCCCAAGUUACACGCCAAAUAACUCUGGAGACUGACAAUAUCCUCUGGUUGGUUGAGAUAUUGGUUAACCAACGAAUUUGCGAUGAUUUUGUGGUCAUGUGGGCAAGCCAAAGUGAGCUUGCGUCAUUACAUGCAAAAUUGCCUAUCGCCUCUCGCCACACAGUUAGCAGUAUAACAGCAAGGCUCUUUGUUGGCAUUGGAAGAGGAGAAAUGCUUCCGUCCAAGGACACUCGUCUUCUCCUCCUGCAAGUCUGGCUGCAAGCACUCAUCGAUGACUACUCAUGGCUACAAUGCAGCUGCCGGUCAUUUGAUAGGAAGCUUGUCGAGGAAGGGAUUGGGCAGACAAUCCUGACACUUCCUUUGGAAGACCAGCGGUCUAUAUUACUGUCAUGGCUCGGGAGGUUCUUGAAAUUAGGCGAUAACUGUCCGAAUUUGCAGAGGGCAUUCGAGGUAUGGUGGAGAAGGACUUUCGUCAGACCUUAUGUCAACCAAGCAAGGUAAUGUCUGUCCUAUGAUCAAACAGAAGCUCAUCUUGAAACGAUAGGGAAGAGUAGUGAUUGUAGCCAUAGAUUCUUUCGGGGAUUGUCGUGGUCAAUCUGAUAGUGGACAUGAAACCCGGUGAGAAUUUCAGUGGCUAGUUUUUCCUUACUGCGUAAAUGUCGAUGACACAGGAAAUUUGUAUGACUGCACGUUUUAGCCUAUGAUGUAAAACCAUAUGCUUUUCCAGUAGUUGUUAUAAGAAAACCUCGAUCAACA